CGCAUUGCGCGCGUGCCAACGCUAGACGCGUGUUGAAAUGCACUGCUUGCACAUCGAUCCGCGACGCCAUCGCCGCCCAAGGUUCGAAACAGCACACCCCGGAUCAUCAUGUUUACCAUGCCUUAAGUCGAGUGAAAUGUGCGCAUACACUCACAAAACGUUCGUGUUUCCUCAACGCCUUCCGCAAGCAACGGCGUACACUGAACUGGGAUGUCGGGCUAUCUCAGCGCGUUGCUGCCUUACUCGCUUAUUUGUCACCAUUCCGCGUACGGGGCAUACUUGCUAGCCUACGUUGACGAUGUAGACUCACAUCACACUGCAGUCUCCGACUUGUAAUGUGUAUCCACAACCUCCUUGCAGAGACGUUCAACACUCAAA